AUGAAAACAGAUCAAUAGGACACAAAAAUUUUAAAUAAAACCUAAGAGAAUGAUGAAAUUAUUGAAGAACCAAGAACUGUCUUAAUUAAUUAACCUUUGAAUCUAGCUUAGACUUAAAACCUUUUUGUCUUUGAAUUUAAGUCUGAUUCCAUGAGUAAGCUCAACCUUUUAAGAUUCAAACACUCUUUGGCCAAAAAGAUCAUCAAAAAAUUUAAAUAAUGA